GGGCCGAGCUGCUCCCGCGCGUCGGCAAUGACUUCAGCCUCAGCUGGCGGCCGCAGCUGGAGCCCUCCGCAGCCCAGCCAGGGGAUGCUCGCUGCCCACCACUGCGAGCCACAAGCCUCCACCGGCCGGCCAAACGCUCUUGCUGCGCUGGCCAGCGCCUGGCUCCAUCCACCAUGGAUCCCGCUUGUCCCAGACUUCUAAUGUGAGGUGUUCAGUUCCAACCACCGGCUGGGAGAGCUGAGUAUUAUUUCCUCAAGGAUGAACCUGACAGGUCGGGCUGAGGCAAAGUGGACAGACCAGCCCAACUCCUCAUCACAGCUGCCACCACGCUCCUGGAGCAGCAACGACACCUUUUCUUUCCAAGGAGAUAUCCAGGAGAUUAUUCAUACAGCCACUCUGGUCACAUGUACCUUCCUCCUGGCUGUCAUCUUCUGCUUGGGUUCCUAUGGCAAUCUCAUUGUCUUCUUGUCAUUCUUUGACCCGGCCUUCCGGAAGUUCAGGACCAACUUUGAUUUCAUGAUCCUCAAUCUGUCCUUCUGUGACCUCUUCAUCUGUGGAGUGACUGCCCCCAUGUUCACGUUUGCCCUCUUCUUGGACUCUGCAGCUGGCAUCCCUGAUGCAUUCUGCUUCACCUUUCACCUCACCAGCUCCGGUUUCAUCAUCAUGUCUCUCAAGACUGUGGCUGUCAUCGCCCUUCACCGACUACGCAUGGUCUUAGGGAAGCAACCCAACCGGACCGCUUCUUUCCCUUGCACCCUCUUGCUUACCUUGAUCUUAUGGGCCACUAGCUUCACUCUUGCCACACUAGCAACCAUGAGGACCCAUAAAUCCCGCCUGUGCCUUCCCAUCUCUAGCCUAGUCAGUGGAGAGGGAAAGAUCAUCCCUUACUUGUAUGUGAUUGAUUUCAUUUGCUGUGUGACAGUGGUUUCAGUCUCCUACAUCAUGAUUGCCCAAGCCUUGAGGAAAAAUGCUCAAGUUAGGAAAUGUCCUCCUGUCAUCACGGUGGAUGCCUCCAGGCCUCAGCCUUUCAUUGGGCCACUUGUAACAGGGUAUGCUGAUGGGGUACAGUGCACUAUGCCAGCCCUGUAUAGAAACCAGAACUACAAUAAGCUGCACCAUGUCCAGAACCAUGCAUACAUGAAGAACCUCAGCCAGCUGUCUGCACCGGCAGCCAGCAGAUUCCAGCUGGUGUCUACGGUUAACUUGUCCACAGCCAAGGACUCCAAAGCUGUAGUGACAUGCAUAGUGAUCGUCCUUUCAGUCUUAGUUUGCUGCCUCCCUUUGGGUAUCUCCUUGGUACAGGAUGUCUUGUCCAGGAACAGUGGCUUUAUCCUUUACCAGUUUGAAUUGUGUGGAUUUACCCUCAUUUUUUUCAAAUCUGGAUUAAACCCUUUUAUAUAUUCACGUAACAGUGCUGGGUUGAGGAGGAGGGUGCUUUGGUGCCUCCAGUUCUUAGCCCUGAUAUUUUUUUGCUGCAAGCAGAAAACUAGGCUCCGAGCUGUGGGCAAAGGGAGCCUAGAGGUAAACAGAAACAAGUCAUCCCAUCAUGAGACCAACUCGGCUUACAUGCUGUCUCCAAAGCCCCAGAAAAAGUUUGUGGACCAGGCUUGUGGCCCUAGUCAUUCCAAGGAAAGCGUGCUGAGUCCUAAGGCUUCCAGGGGCCACCAGCAUUAUGGAGGCCAGAGUAGUUCCACUCCCAUGAACACUCGCAUUGAACCUUAUUAUAGCAUCUAUAACAGCUGCCCUUCUCAAGAAGUGAGCACUCCAAAUAGCCUGCAGCCAGCCAACUCUCCAUUUGGCUUUGCCAAGUCUUACGUUGCCAUGCACUACCACACCACUAAUGAUCUGGUGCGGGAUUUUGACAGCACUUCUGCUAAGCAGAUUCCAAUCCCUUCUGUGUAGCUAAUGGGCUGACCAGUGUUUUACCUGUGCCACAAGUCAUGUCCAAAAUAUGAUUUAGUGCCACUCUAUUGUACAUUGCAAUACAUCCCCAUCAUGCUUUUUUUUGGGGGGGGGGAGGGUUGUCUCUAGUCUACUGAGCAGGCAGCAGCUGACAUGAGGGAGGCAGGCUGGAAUGUAGAUCUAACAGCAUAUACCAUAUCCAGGCUUCCAAGCUUUCCUGAUCCUGCCAGGCAUGUCACUUGUGGUACCCUUGCCACACAUUGGCCACCUGUGGUCUACCACUUCAUUUGGUGUCUUUUUAAUGGUUUCCUGUUACUAACCUACAAGUUUAUUAUAUUACCAAAGUAUUAUUUUUGAACUCCAGCAUACAAUAUUAAAUCUGCUUUUUUUUGCCAAUUGCAUUUUUUUUUGCCAGUGUUGCCAACUACAAAACACCAGUUUAUCCAUAAGUACUCAGUGGUUUUAGAACUGAACUGGGUAUUAGCUCACUGUUUCUGUAGUAUCUUUUUUGAAAAUGCACAGUUUGGUAUUAACAAAACAGGCUGCCUUUUUAAAUUGUAUAUAUUAUCAGUUCAAUGCAUAUCUUUUCUUAUGGGCUAGAGAGGGUGUGGACUCGUGUUGACAGUAAAGCAUAUGUGAUGGUAAAGAAACAAGCUAGAAGCACUGCCAGGACCACAGUUUGUUUAAAAAGUUGUUUUGCUACGUUUUGAAAGAAUUCCAAAUGCAGCCUGGCUAGGGAGCAGUUUUAAAACAAGAAGCUGUAUUAUUGUUGUAGGAUAAAUGUAUGAUGAUUUCAAAGGACUGUAGAUAUUAUAGGACUGUGGAUACUAAAGAACUGGAAGUAAUAUCAUCCAGUCCUUUGGAUCUUCUGUAUCAGCUUUGUAAAUAAGUCCUUCAAAGUUAAUAACUCCUCCUAGUCCAUUAGAAACCUGCUUAAAUAUGUUUUUUUUUAAAUAUAUAUAUAUUAACAACCUGAAAGACGUUACUGUUUGGGGGCUGUCUUUCACUCCGCACAGGCCACCAAGCAGGUGGUUAAUUAGAAGCCUCUUUUUUAUUUUUUCAAACACCUUGCAACACAUUUGUUCUCAUCAUCCAGUGCUCAGUGUAGUAACUAGCAAAUAAGGAAGUUGCGUCAAAUCUGAUGACCUUUAUGGUAAGGAAAAGCUUAAGGGGGAGGGGGGAAUCCUGGCAAGCAUAAGCAAAAUUUUGCAUCAUGGAGUAAAGGUGAAAUCUGUUACCCUCCAGGCAUAUAAUUUGGAAUCUGACUGAGGAAGUUUUAUUAACCAUCCUUAGCAAAUAGGGGACUUGAGGUUUAAAGUGUUUCACAUACAUUGGAUUGAAUCCUGCUGAAAACUUCCUUGACUAUUUCCAUGCUUCUGCAGCCCCAAAUGCUGCCCCUUGGGAAUGGAAGGACUCACAAGUACAGCAUGAGAAGGGAGUUGGAGGUCAUCGAAAACCCCUCUUUCCUUCAAAGACAGUAAUCUACAGAUUCCAAUUCCUAUCUUCUUGAAAUCCUUACAGCAACCCUGUAAGGUAAGCCAGUAUUAUCUCUGCAUAUUUCAGACAAGAGAUCAGGGGCUGGGAAAAAUGGUUUGCCUACAGGGCUGCAAACUUCCAGGUAUGGGAGAUCUCCUGGAAUUACAACUGAUUUCUGAGACUACAGAGCUCAGUUCCUGUGAAGAAAAUGGAUGAUGAACUUUGACAUUAUAUCCCACAGGAGUCUCUCCUUUCUCCAACCCCCACUCUUGUCAGUAGAGAUGCCAUUCUCCUGGUUAGGGUGGGGAUCCCUUAACCCAAAUUGCCACUGCCUGCUGCUGUUCCAAGCAAUUGGGUGGUGGUGGGAUGUAAUGAAAAAAACCUGGCAGCGAGGGAAACCUGUAAGUGACACCACUGCAAUACUGUUUCCUACCGUGUCCUUGCUCCCAACCCUCCUACUCCCCAGACUCUACCCCCUAAAAUCUCCAGGAAUUUCCCCAACUUGGAAUUGGCAACCUUACUUAUCUAAGGCCAUUUUGUGAAUUCCUUUCAGAAGUAAGAUUUGAAACAGUGGCUUUCUGAAUUGUGUCUUAGUGUGUUUGGCACUUAAGCCUUAAGGUCUAAGAUAUCCUUAUUAUUAAGUUCCUUCUUGGUCCCAAAUAUGGUAAUUUGGUUGCAUUAGAGAUUGUGGUGGGUCUACAAAUACAUGCUAAUAUGGAGAGACCAUUGUAUGUCAUUGUGAAAUGCCAAAACCUUAAAUACUUUGGUAUCCUUAUGUAUAUGAAUUGAGUUAUUUAAUGUGUUUUAAUAAAUUUAAAAAA